AGACUGAUUUGAAAGAAUACCAUAAUUCAGAGGAAUAACCCAGUCACGCAUCUUUUUGUUUGUUUGUUUGUUUUUUCUUUUUUUUAAAACAUGUACAAUUCCUAAAGUCAAUUUUGCAUUGGCGCUUGCAUGCUUUAUUGUACUAAUUGGAAAGAAUAAAAAAAUUACCAUGACAAAUAUUAAGGCAGACCACAAGAGUGGUAAGAAGAAGGAGAAUCUCAAUUGGGAAAUUAGUAAACUCCAAGCUCAGAUUGGAGAAACAACGUUAAGAAGAGCACAGAAGGCCAUUGAAGCUGAACGAAAAAAAGAGAAUGCAUCGACUUCAACAACAGCAAGAACAGGAUCUGGAUCAGGUACAGGGACAGGGACAGGAACAACAACAGCAACGACGCCCGAGGAAGGAUCUGAGGAGGCAAAAGCAAUUGCAGAGAAAUUACUCAAAUUGAAAGAGGUCAAAAUUAGUCAAAAGAUUUAUCAAGCAAAAAAAGAGAUCAGGAGAGCAUUCGUCAAAGCAAAAUCAUUUGAGAUUCAGAGACUUCAUAAGCGGUUGAAGGAGGCCAGGAAAGCAAUAGAGAGCAAGAGUGAAUCGAAUGGCCACAAGGAGGAAUCGCCAGAAGAGACCAAGCAAAGUAAAAAGAAAGAGUUAACAAAGGAUGAUAUUCCAAAGUUUGAACAGGAACUCGAAUUGGUCAAGAACAUGAAUAUGGACUCAUUAUCAGAGCAUGCAUUUGUUGCCAAGUUAAAGAAACACCCAAUACUUGGGUCACAUGCACUGAUGAAGCCCUACAUCGAAAUUGAAGACGCCAAUAUCAGCUCCAAGGUUGAAAAGAAUCAGCAGAGCGAGAAACCCAAAACUGACUCUUUAGAAAACAAUAAUUCAACUAUGAAGGAAUCACUUGUUCAGAUCAUUGAGGCACGUCUGACAAAUACAAAAACUGUAAAAGAGCACAUGACAAAAUUGUGGGACGAACUCGAGCAUAUUGCCACUGGAAAGAGAGUGGAUCAUAAUGAACUGGCAAAGAAACGGAAAAUGGGUAUCGAUGGCAAUACUGAUAAUACUGAGGCUGAGAAGAGCAAGAAAGCGAGGACAAGUAAAGACAUCAAGGAAUAUAGACACAAGAGCAAUGACAGUGACGAAGAUGGAGACGAAAGUGAUAAUGAAUCUGUUGACAUGUCACAUAUCAGUGACGGUGAACAUAAUGACGGAUACGACUCGGAUGGUCUGCCGUUACCUAUGAACGGAAAAGCUACUACGGCAACAUCCAUGUUUAUCGGCUCUUUGAAUGCCGGUGACUCGAAGAAGAAGAAAAAAGACAAAAAGGAUAAAAACGACUGGGUCGAUGACAAAUUUGAUGAAAUUUAUGGCAAGACCAAAAAGAAUCGACCCGGUCAGCGAGCACGUCGACUUAAAGCGGAACGUAAGUAUGGUAAAGAAGCCAACCAUGUCAAGAAAGCAGAAGAAGAAGCUCGUUUGCGAGAAGAACGAAAGGCCGCACGCAAGGCAAAGAAGGAACAAUUCAAGGCCAAGGAUGCAUCGUCUGCUAACGCAAAGAAACUAGCGAAUCGACGUGCGAUUGGUGAUGGUUCGGUAGCCAAGCCAAUAACACAGACUCCCUCGGGACCAGAUCUUAAUGACCCUACACUGCAUCCUUCAUGGAUUGCCAAGCAAACUGAGAAGGCAGCGAUGGCGGCAGCUUUAUCCGGGUCCAAGAGCAACAAGAUUGUUUUUGAUGAUAGUGAUUAGACCAGUAAUAAAGCAAAGUGAUACACACUCAUUUGACC